AGGGUCAGCCAGUCGCACAGGGGGUUUCCGAGAAGGUGACGCUAACUGCUAACGGCUAACAGACAGAAAACUUGACUUCCCGUCACUUACCGAACAGAAACACCACCCCGGGACCGCGCCGAACCGACAACUGAACCUUGUCCGAUGCCGAUGCCGCACUGAAGAGGCUUCAGGCAACAGCUCGCGCCCGGUUUCCAUGGCCACGGAGGAGUUAUACGAGGUGGAGCGGGUCAUUGACAAAAGGAAAACCAGGAGGGGCAAGGUGGAGUAUCUGGUCAGGUGGAGAGGGUACGGCUCAGAGGGGGACACCUGGGAGCCUGAGAGUCACCUGUCAACCUGCAUGUUUUAUGUGCAUGAGUUCAACAGACAGUACAGCGGGCAGCAGCGAGACAUCACCUUAUUACGCUCCACUCGCAGCCCCCACUAUAGCUCCACCCACAGACCUCACUGCAGGCUGGUGUCCAGCACCACCCGCUGCGACCUCAGCUGUGACCUGGGCAGCGGAGCACCUGGAGAACCUGUACAGAUUAAACUUCCUCUCAGCUCGCCUCACUUGCCUUGCCCAGCAACUGUCAGUCCUCAAAAGGCUCCACCCACAGACACCCUCAGCAGCACUUUGAUGUCGACACCUGCAGUUGGCUCCGCCCGCCGUAGCGUGGAUCUUUCUAAGAGUGGCAUCAAAAUUCUUGUUCCAAAGAGUCCAAUGAAUUCCCGGCUGGACUCAGAGGAAUCUCCCAGUGAAGCAGCUCAAAGUCUGGAGGCCGGUGCUCAGGAGGCUCACCUGGUUCCACCUGAGGUCGCUCUGCUGGAAAAACCAGCUGGAGUUCAGCUGGGCCCUGGGCAGGAGAGGGCCCGUAUGGGGACCCGACCCAGGAGUCAGAACCCUCUGCCGCCGCUUCCAAGGGCACCCAUGACUCCUACUGCUGUCCACUCUCUUUGUGGCUCAGGGAACUCGGCACUGAUGGAGGCUGUUGCAGCAGGUGGGAUGUCAGCUGUUAAUAGCGUUACCGGGGCGACCGGAGUGAUGGGGAAACGUCGCCUAGAGGACCGAUCCACGUUUGAUAAACGACUGAGGUUCAGCGUUCGUCAGACAGAGAGUGCCUAUCGUUAUCGUGACAUCGUUGUGAAGAAACAAGACAGCUUCACGUACAUCCUGCUGUCCACCAAGAGCUCUGAGGACAACACACUCAAUCCAGAGGUAAUGAAGGAGAUCCAGAGCGCCAUGGCGACAGCAGCGUCUGAUGACAGUAAGCUGGUGUUACUCAGUGCGGUCGGCAGUGUCUUCUGCUGUGGCCUUGACUUCCUGUAUUUCAUCAGACGACUGGCAGAUGAUAGGAAGAAGGAGAGCAUCAAGAUGGCUGAAACCAUCAGGACUUUCGUCAAUACCUUUAUCCAGUUCAGGAAGCCCAUUGUGGCAGCAGUGAAUGGCCCAGCGCUCGGCCUUGGUGCUGCUCUCCUGCCUCUCUGCGACGUGGUUUGGGCCAAUGAGAAGGCCUGGUUCCAGACGCCGUACAUGUUCUGUGGCCAGACGCCUGACGGCUGCUCCUCCUUCACUUUCCCACGCAUCAUGGGGUUGGCCUCGGCUAACGAGCUGCUGUUGGGUGGCAGGAAGUUAACGGCUCAGGAGGCAUGUUCUAAAGGUUUGGUCUCGCAGGUUCUGUGGCCCGGAACCUUCACACAGGAAGUGAUGCUGCGGGUCAAAGAGCUGGUGGGAGUAGAUUCUCAGGUUCUACAAGAGUCCAAAGCCCUGAUGAGGAACACCAGCCGCAGUUCUCUGGAGCAAGCCAAUGAGCGCGAGUGUGAAGCUCUCAAGAGAGUGUGGGGAUCCUUGCAGGGAACAGAUUCCAUCCUGCAGUACCUGCAGAAAAGAACAGAACUCUGCUAGAACCAAGAGCUGAAGCUGGACUGGUUCUGUUUCUUCCUUUAUUUCAGCACAAUGCAGAGAAAUAUUAGCCUAGCCUUGGCCCAGUAGAAGGAUCCUGGUUUCACUCACCAUAUCUGACGGCACACAACCAAACCUGGUGGGUUCUGGACUGAGUCAAGGUUCCAUAUGGUCCUGUUCGGGUUUCCCUGUGGUUCCUGUUCUCUCAUCUGUCAGACAGAAUGAGAGUAAACAUGACUGAGGUUGUGGACUAAACUGGGCCAGUUGUUCUGAUGCAUAAAGCCAGGUCUGACUCCACCUGUAGGCGCCGCUGGUGAAUGGAGAAUUCAUCAUGAAUUCUGGGUAAAUGGGAGUGUUGGAGCCUGUGUCACAAUAAACGAUGUCACGUG